AUGUAGCAGCCCAGCAGAGAACAGCUGCAGCCCCCCCACCGGGACUCGAUCUGGGAUUCGAACCGAAGACAUGAGUGAGUCAGGCCGGGGAACAGGUCGAGGUUUUCCCGCUGUGCAGAGUGAGAACAGCUGGCGCGUGUUGGUUGCCUGCGAGUCGGUGAACGUGUCUCUGCAGCUGUGACCGAAGUGGCCAUGUAUCCUUUCAGCCGCGAGGCGGAGACCUCUCUUCAGGACCUGUUCGAGUAUUUCAAGAGGUGCCUGCAGCACGCGGAGUGGGAGCUGGCCAGUGCCUGUGUGCCACAACUGGUCCAGUCCACACACUCGGAAAACCUGCAGGACAUCAUCAAAGCUAUCGUCUGCCACCCGUACAAGUUAGAAUGGGAGACUGUGGGAAGUCCACACAGACUGGCUUGGUUUUGGCUUCAGGUUUUGGAGAAAUGGACGGAAGAGAAGGUUUCUCCCGACAUCAGAAGAGAGUUGGAGUUUCUUCUGCUCCUGGAGGAGCUGGGUUCAGAGGGCAUAGCAGAGACUGUUCUCAAGGAGUUGCAUCAGGCCUACCUGAGCAGCCAGCCGGACCACAGGGCUGCAGAGGGUUCGGGAUCAACUCAAGCUGCGGUUGAGUCCUGCCUCCGAACCUUGUUGGAGAAGAAGAAGCCCAGACUGGCUCAGUGUUUAGCACAUUUCUUACAGGACCAGUCACCCACAGAGGACCACACUCUGCAGCUCACGUUCAUCCAACACCUGGCGAAGAAACUGGCAAAACCAGAGAAGAAGGCGGAGGAGUGGGUGGAGGAGAUAUAUGCGGUGUUGGCCGUGAUGCCGUGGAGCUCUGGCCGGAGCGCUGGGCAGUUUGAGGCUCUGUGUGAAGCGCUGUGGGGGGCCAGAGACGGACCCCUGAGAGAGGAGAGGGUCCUGAGCUCGCUACUCCGGCCUCAGUGCGACGCUCUGGUCUCUCUCUACUGCUCCACUGCUCUGAGGCUGCAGAGGGAUCUUCUGCUGAGAAGCACGCCCGACACACAAGUGGAGCUCCCUGAAGCAGAGAUGCUGGCUCUGAGUCUAUGUUGCCACAAGGAUCGUCCCUCCAUUUGGAAGACCAUCUAUUUCGAGUGCCUUAGCAGCGGGAAGCACUUCCUGGAGCAGGUCCUGGUUACUGCACUUGACCUGGUCAAACACGAGGAGUUUUCUCAGCUGAGAGAAUUAGUGCGACUGGAGUUUCAGCCAUUGUCUCGUCUGCUGCUGCUGCUCGGCUGGACUCAGUGUCGCAGCCUGAGCUCGGCCCAGAAGCUGCUCAGUGUCCUUCACCACGAGCAGGCGCCAGCCAGUGACACCGUUCUGCAGGAAUUUGCCAACCUCCUGUCCUCUCAGCUCGGAAUACUCGAAUGGUGUAAAAACAACAACCCAGGUAUUUCCACGGAGGCCUUGCUGACACAGCUUCACACCCUGGAUAAUCACUCAGCUCUCUAUAUUCUGCACACUCUGACUCCUCUGCCUCAGUUUGAGGAGCGCAGGAUACUGGAUCUGCUGCAGCAGCUGCCAAAUCCACCAGGACCAGACGACUCUGAAGUCAUCAGGACUCUGAGCCCUGGUGCACAGAGGAACGUAGUUCUGUUUCAGGGCUUCUGUGUCAUGAAGUACACCAUCUAUGCUCUUUGUGUGAAUGCACAUAAAUACUCAAACUGCUCCGAGUGUGAGUCCAUGCAUCAUCAGCAGCAGCAACUGCCUACUGAAGCAGAAACAGACCAAACUCAAACCUCAACUUCCUCAGAUGGUUUCCAUCUGCAGUUCCAGCACUACCUGUCAGAAUGUCAGCUCUACCUGGAGGCCGUUCCAGCCAUGUUCCGCCUGGAGCUCCUGGAGAACAUCUUCUCCCUCCUCUUCCUGUCCACCGCUGACUUCACGCAGCAGAAGGACACCAAUUCGAAUGCCAGUCAGGACUGUUCAUCAGACACAAGAAACACUCAUGUAGAACUAGGAGCCAAAGCACAGACGGAUGAGAGUGAUCACUGCAGGAGCCAGAAGCUGCGUUCAAGUUCCCCAACCUCAUCCCACCCUAGUCACCUGGACCUGGGACACUUCAUCCAGGGCUGCAGGGGUUUUGUGGUGGAUGUUGCAGCCAUGGAGGGUUUCCUGAAGCUGCUGAAGGAAGGGCUGGAGGGCAUGUCCGUGGGGGGUCAGCAGGAGGGGGGGAGUGCCCUGCCUCCAGAGGCUGAGGCGGCGGAGAGCCUCGGCUGCUCGGUGACCCCGGAGACAUUCGGGGCUCGUCUGCAGAGGUUGUCUAAACGCACUGCAGAGGCUCAGUGGAGACUGCAGAUCAUCACCAGCAACCAGGGCAGCGAAAAUGGCUCAGAGGGCCCCUUCCCCAUGUCCACGGUCGGCUACACUGCAACUUCUCUGGAACGCAGUAGGAGCUCCAGUCUGAGGAGAAGGAAGAGACCAGGGAGGCGCGUAGCAGAGAGACAAACCUCCAUAGAGAAACACAAUGGAGAAGUUAGCACCAGUGCAUCAGACGGUGGAGGAGGCACAUUGACAGCUUGUGUAGAAGUGGACGUCUGUCCUACCGGAGGUCCCCACAGCUGGCUGGUCCCUGCCAUGCUGUCCCCUCCAGAGUCUCUGCUCAUGUCCUGCAUCCGCCGAGGAAACUUCAUGGAAGCUCAUCAGGUGUCUCUGGUGUUCGAUCUGGCGAAGUCUCCCUGCUGUGGCGAGUUGGUUUUCAUGGAGCGCUACAAAGAAGUUCUGGUGGAGCUGGAGCGGGUGGAGCAGAAGAUGGAUAACCAGCCCAUGUCUUCGUCGUCCUCCUCCUCAGAGGGGCUGGGGUCCGCGGCUGCGUCCGGCACAGGGCGGGCUCGGCUGGGCAGCAGCGGCCUCUCCACGCUGCAGGCCAUCGGGAGUGCUGCUGCUGCAGGUGUUGCUUUCUACUCCGUCUCGGACAUAGCAGACCGUCUCCUCAGUUCCCCCGCUCACCCGAUGCCAUCCCUGGAGGAGGAGUACUGGCUGAGCAGCUGCUCCUCAGACCCGUCUGGCCUCCUCACCACGCUGCUGGAGGAGCUGAGCCCAGCGGCCAUGGCGGCCUUCGACCUGGCGUGCUGCCACUGUCAGCUUUGGAAGACGUCCCGGCAGCUGCUGGACACAGCGGAGCGCCGGCUCAACAGCAGCCUGGAGACUCGAGGAGUGAGAAUUGACCCCAAAGUUCCUCAUGCUCAGGGGAUCUGUGGAUUUCCAAUGGUGUUACAACAGAUAAGCAAGAUCCUCAGUCACUUUGCAACAAACAAGGGCUCCGUCAAAACAGAAGCAGUUCUGGAGGACCAAGUGUUUUCCAGCCCGUUCGGCUGCUGUAUUCAGGAAGUGCUCCUGUGUUGCAACCCCACCCUGACCGAGGAGAGCAUCUCCGCUCGACUCAGUCUGGCUCAACGCCUGGAGACCACCCUGCACAUUCUGAGCACCGCUACAGAUAACACAGAGGGCAGCGCAGGCAGUGCUCUUCUGGCUCUGCUAGUGGAGCAGGCCAGCCUGAAGCAGGCGGAGCUCGACGUUCACCCCGUCCGCUCCAACAUGAAGCAGCUGCUUCGCUCCCUGGACCAGCUCUGCCCCUUCGAGCCCGAUGGAGACCUCGCCAGACCCGAUUACGUUCGCAGUUUCCUUGACUACGUCAACACGUUAGCAUCCGUGCUGGUGCGCAGCCUGGCUUCAGAAGACCAAAGUGGUGAAGUGAAGCUUGGGAAUCCACUGCUGGUGUUGCUUCAAUCCCCAUUUCAGCUCCUCUCCCACCUGCUGUUUGACAGACAGGUGUCUCCUGACAGAGUGCUGUCCCUGCUGCAGCAGGAAGGUCUGCGACUGAGCGUCCAGCAGGUGAUUGUCCAGCGAUGCUGUGAGACUCUGCCCUUGUGGUUCUCUUGUCCAGCUGCUGAAACAGACUCUGAUCCAACCAGAAAAGAUGAUGGAGUGUUCAGCGUGGCCAGCUUGUCUGCCCUGCUCCAGCAGCACGCUCAGGAGCACAAGGCAACUCUGGGAAUCACAGAAACUCCUUCAGUUACUCAGUCAGAUGCAAGCUCGGACUCCGAGGCCUCAGUGGAGGACAACACACCAACCAACCUCUCCACCUCGCCUCCCUCUCAGUCAUCCUCCUCCUCCUCCUCCUCUUCUUCCUCAAACUCUUUCCUCCUCACACCAUCGGCCCUGUCUUUCCUAAAGUCUCGCUCCCCCUUACUGGCCACGCUGGCGUGUCUGAGUGCAUGUAAAGGAGAAAACGCUCGGGCACAAUCUUCCGGAUGGUCGGGAUAUUUCCGCACUGGACGUAAGGAGGUUGUCCUGGACGGUGAGCAGAUUUCUCGAGAAGCGGAUACUCUCCUGAAAGAUUUCCCUAUUCUCUGGGCCUAUCUUCACUCCCUGGCUGAACCAGUGCUGGGCGCCGCGCUGACUGAGGGAGAGGGAGGCUCCGCUGGACUCGGGGCGGUGAUUUGUGGGAAACCUCUCGCCACUCUCCUGCUGUCUGGGCCACAGGAAGGAGUUACCCAGGCUGUGGCAGCUGAGGCCUUCCAGAAAGCCCUCUCCUCCAAAGACCUGGCCCGGGCUCUCAGCCUACUGGAGCUGUACGGGCAAGGCUGCAGCCAGGAGGGGGCGCUGAGAGACCAGCUGCUUGCCUAUGCUGCUUUGGAAGAUGGAGUUGAAGGCACAGGUCAGCUUUUCCGCGUGCAGGACUCGAACCUGCGAGCCCGUGUUGCCCUUCAGGCUCUGGAGCGAUGGCCCCUGUCCUCCUGCCUGGAGCUGCUCGACUUCUGCCUCAGUGACCUGAGCACUGCGGCCUCGCUGAGAACCGACUUGGAUCUGAAGAAGAAAGAACUGGACAUCUAUCGCUGGAUGUUGAAUCUACAGCCUCGGUUGCCCUGGGCUACGUGGCAGGAGCUGAGGAACGAGUCGAAGACAAACCCGGAGGCCAUGUUGUCCCGGAUGUUGAAGGCAAAAGAGUUUUCUCUGUGUGCACAGUGGGUGGAGCUGUAUCCUGUGUCCGAGCAGCUGAGGCUGCAGCUGAAGACUGAGCAUCUGCUUCACCUGCUGGAGAAGGGACAGACAGACGAAGCUUUUCAGUUACUCGAGGGCCUCUCUGAUUUCGUGGUCGGCCUGGAGAUCUGUGAGCACGCUCUGGACCGCUGCCCCGGCCUGGCUGCCUGUCACUUCCUGGCUGACUAUCUCACCCUGCAUUUCCAGAGGCAGGUGUCUCCCUCGCGACGACAACACAUCCACGCUCUUCAUCUGGGCUCGAAGGUGCUACUGACUCUGCCCCCAGCAGCCAGGCACGAUUACUUCCCCCUGCUGUCCGAGCCUCUGCUGAUGCUGGAGCAGCUUCUGAUGAACCUGAAGGUGGACUGGGCCGACCUGGCAGUGAGAACCCUGCGGAGCCUCGUGGUGGGUCAGGAGGCCGGCUUUGGAUCCGAAGCCAUCGAUACUCUCCUGGCAGACUACGCCUCCAGGGCCCUGGACUUCUCCUGUGCCCCCAGAGAGCGGAGCAGAUCCGACUCUGUGAUCAGCCUCCAGGACUCGCUGAUGCAGUGUCCUGCUCAGGACAGCUGCUCCCUAUCGUCCAGUCAAAUCGAGUCUCCAACGCCCUCCACAAGCAGCACUCCUACACGCACUUCCUCCUCGAACAGCUUGGACAGGGAGAAGGAUCGAAGCUCAGCAGGGAAGAAACGUCGCUCGCCUGCCAAGUUCCAGCCUCCGGAUCAGCCCCCCGGCCGUAAAGACUGGGUCCCUGACACCCAACAGCAUGUGUGCAUGGUCUGCCACCGAGAGAGGUUCACCAUGUUCAACAGACGGCAUCACUGUCGGAGAUGCGGCCGGCUUGUUUGUCACGCGUGUUCUGAGCGUAAGAUGCUGGUGGAUGGAAGUCCAGGAGAAGAAGUCCGAGUCUGUGACCAGUGUUACACCUACUUCCACGCAGAUUCUGACGAUGAGCUGGAACAAGCUGAAGUGGCUGGUGGCCUCGUGGUGACAGAGGAAGACUUAGACGGGAUGAUGCAUCUGCCUGAAGUGAUCCAGCAGCAGAUCCAACUCAGCACCAACUCUGCAGAGAACCAGCUGCUGCGGAGCGAGUUCUACUACGAACAGGCUCCCAGUGCAUACCUCUGCGUGGCCAUAUUGUCUCUGCACAGCGACCAGACAGCGUGUGGACACCAGCUCAUCGUCCACUGCCGCUCUCUGUCCUGCAAGCUGACCAACCCGGAGGUGGACGCCUGCCUCCUCACCGACAUCAUGCGGCAGCUGCUCUUCAGCGCCAAGCUGAUGUUCGUCAAGGUCGGCCGCAGCCAGGAUCUGGCCUUGUGUGACAGUUACAUCAGUAAAGUCGACGUGCUUAAGAUUCUGGUGGCGGCAAAUUACAAAUACGUUCCUUCACUGGACGAUAUUCUGGAGACGUCUGCUGUCACGCGUCUUCGUAAUCAGCUGCUGGAGGCCGAGCACUACCAGCUGGCAGUGGAGGUGUCCACCAAGAGCGGCCUGGACCCUGGUGGCGUGUGGCAGGCGUGGGGGAUGGCCUCUCUGAAGGCAGGGAACCUCUCAGGGGCGAGGGAGAAGUUUUCCCGCUGCCUGAAAGGUCCAGUGGACAGAAACCAGCUCAGCCAGGGUCCGUUACUGCUGCAGGAGAUCGUCCAGCACCUGGAGACCAUCGUACGACCCACUGGUGCCACGUCUUCUGGCGAGGACAUCUUGGCAUCGCUGCGGGAGCUGGAGGACGUGCUGAGCGACACGAGUCCUGCCGAGCGACCCGAGGGACCGACGCUGAGCUGCGACCUCAACCAGGAGUGUCUCUACUACCUGCACUCGUACGGCACUCACCUGGCACUCAUCAGCUUCUGGGUGCGGCACGACUCCAUGACCGAGGCCCUGACGUACCUGCUCAACAAGGAGUGCCCAGAGGAGGUGUUUCUGGACGGAGUGUUGCAGCCCAGCCUGGAGCGCGGGCGUCUUGGCACGCUGGAGGGGAUACUGGAAAAGCUGGACCCGGGCCUGGAGACGUGCAGCCGCUACCUCAUCGCCUCCUGCCAGUUCCUGCAGCGGCGAGGAUACUUCAAUACGCUCUACCAGCUCCAACAGUUCAUGAUGGAUCAUGUACGUGCAGCCAUGACCUGCAUCCGAUUCUUCACACACGGAGCCAGCUCAUACCUUCAGCUGGGAGAACAGCAGCGCUGGCUGGUCCAAGCCAAAGAGCACCUGAGGGCGUAUCUUCAGGAGCUGCAAGGCCGGGGCGCCGGGAGGAGGAAAUCUCAGGUCAACUCGAUUAGGAAGAUGAUGUCGUCCAGUGACGUGUCCAGGCACAUGAACACGAUUGAGCUCCAGCUGGAAGUGACCCGGUUCCUGGCUCGCUGUGAGAACGCUGCUUCCGCCAAGAGUCCACCGACCAGCACACCUUCCUCCAAGUCCUCUGCAUCCAGUUCCCCACCCACACUGUUUGGAGGGAGUCCCAUGAAGGUUGAGGUCGCCUGUAAGGUCAUGCUCGGAGGAAAAAACAUAGAGGAGGGGUUUGGCAUUGCCUACAGAGUCAUACAGGACUUCCAGCUGGAGGCGCAGGCCGUCUUCAUGCGUGCCGGUCAGAGGCUCGUCAGGCAGCGGCAGUACGGCGCCGUGCGGCAGCUGUUCAAGUGCGUCAGCGAAUCAGGCACCGCCACCAAGAACGACUGCGACGCCCUCAUCCUCAGCUGUGUCUCCAUCGCAGAUAAGGGGCCGUCUGAUGCGAGGGAGCUGGAAAGUCUCAUCCUAGAAACCAAGAGCACAGAGAGCAAGAUCAAAGCUUACCUGCUGUGCGGUAAACUGCGGCCAGCGUACCUGCUCGCCGUCAAGCUGGAGGCGAGCCGCGCCGGCCCGUUGGUCCAGGACGUCCUCCAGGCGGCCGAGGGAGCGCAGGACUCCGUGAUGCAGAACAUCUGUCGCCAGUGGCUGUCUGAACAUCUCAACAAGUCAUCUCAGCAGCGCCCGGGCCGGCCCACGGCCAGGUAGCACCACGACAGGGGGGGUCACACCGAGCACUUAACCUGAGAAACGGAGCACAAGCGAGAGGAUUCAGGGUUUCUGGUGUCACACAGGUCUAUAGAUGUGUGGCUGAGUGACAUCAAUAUGACUGCAGCUCAUAUCUGCCACAGAUUAUAGUGGAUCAUGGUUGAAACAGAGCACUUUCAAUCCACUAGUUUAUUGAAACAUCAGAAAAUUCAAGAUUGAACCACUUUUCGAGAGAUCCUCUGUUCUGUGAUGAGAUCGUUCAACCUCUCCCACUUGGUCUUUGUCUCCAGAUGCCUCAACACCAGCAUUAACUGUGUAGCUAGGAUCUAACCAAGCAUUCAGAGGUUUCCUCUGUUUUAGAAUCACACUCAAAAAACGCCCUGCGUCUCCUGAUGGACAGUUUGAGAUUUGCUUUAGAAUCGAUGCAGCAGAACCAGAAAUAUCUUCUUCUUCUUGUCUAAACCAGGCUCCUACUUUAUCCAUUAUGCAACUUGACUGUCCAUAGUUCAGUCAGAUGUUUGUUUGUCAUGGUAACAGGAUAAUUCUGCCCUGGGUGCUGGCCUCAGAGGAGGAGUGGCCUCCACCGACUCAUCCCCAGCGGACGUGACUCAAAUGACAUUAGUUAAGGUGAUUUAUCUGAUUUCACGCAGCUCCCAGUGGAGACACAACCGCUUCAUACAGCAACAACACACUCUGAUGUGUGAAAUUCGAUCACUAUUAACCAAAGUAAGACAGUUUUUAAUAUUUUGUUAUGUGCGGACUGUUAAUUGGAGCUAGAAUGAUGUACUGGAAUAAGAAAGAAUGGAUUUGAUUUCUAUGCUAACAUUUUACUAAAUUGUCAAUUCAUUUGAAAUCUGUGUUCUGACCUCCAGUGGGUUUAAGUCUGAACUCACUGCAGUGAUGUAUGGUGUGUGUGUGGAUUCCUGACUCGAGCCCUCGGGACCAGUCAGGACUUGUCGGCACCUGAUGAAUUGUGCUGUGUUUCGAACAGAAAUGUUUUAAAAUCAUAUUUAGGUCACAAAAAUAAUAAUGUUGGGCCUGAGCUUCACCCUCAUGUACAGGUGACCUCGAUGACCCUGUCAGGUCUCUGUUGAGCUGCCACACUUCCUGUCCACACACGCCACUGAUACCAGGUCAGAGCCUGUGACUCAGAGGUGAAACAGACAUUGAGGGCAGUGGACGGGUCUAGAAACCCUGAUGAUCCCCGUCUCCGUUUGUCCGUCUGCAACACGAACGAUUCACCAACGUGCUUUAUUUACAUUCUUUAAAUAUUUUGCUGUUAUCUCUCAUCUGUAGUGAACUUGAGAUUGAACACAUGUGACUGCGCUGGAGUCACAACAGACACAGUUACACAACACAUGCAUAUCUUUGCAGUGAGGCAGUAUUUGACGAAGGUUUGUCUCCUACCUCAACCUAAAGGGAAAAUGUCUCCGACUGACUGGAAAGCCUCUAGUUACAUGAAGGUCUUUCUUCUCCUCAUUUCUAUUUCCUCGUUGCGUCUGUGUGUGUGUUUAAGGUUUUUUUAUUCAGGCGUAAAAAAGAAGUGUAAUCUGCCAAGAACUGUACAUGUGAAAAAAGAAGUCCUGUUUUUUGUAAUCCUGUUGAGGCUAUUUCCCUGUUUUACAUUGUACAGCACCUUUUCUGUCCAGCUUUCAGCGAAUGUUCCCUUUUAACAAGGGAAGUCAAACAGUAUUUAAGGGCAUCUGAAGAGUUUUAGGUUGGAUACACAAAGGGACCACUUACAGAUCAGGUUUAAUUCAUCAUCCAUAGAAUCAACUCUGUCGUGAUUCGUCCCGUCUCUGGAUGGAUGGUUUUUACGUCUCCUCUUGUGUCAUUGGGUGUUUUUGGUUGUGAUUACUCAGAGUCUCUCAUUUUAAAUUUGGGCUUUGUUCUCAUUGGAAAGUCGUAAUAAUGAACUUACACAGAUAAUGAGUCGUAUAAUGUUACUAAAAAGGGAUCUAACCGUGCUCAUGUGAUGUUUGUCGAUGUGUUUUGUUGUUUCUCCUGUUUUUCCACUAACCUUGAGACGGGAAAGUUAAGUGGAAACGUAGUGACGCCAUGAAUCUUAUCUUUUAAUUCUCUCACACGACAAUCGCUCAUAUCGCUGAAGCUGCCUUGUUUAGAAUGUUUAUUUCCGAGCUGUUCUGAUCUCACGGUCAGGAAGUACGCCUUCAUUUCAGAGGAGAUACUGGGUUCUCUCUCUCUCUGCCUCGAGUCCCAGUGCUGCACUGGUCUGAGGACUGACGCCCACAGUUCUACCAGUGAGGAUGGGCGAGAGAUGGAAAGAAACCAGUUCAGAGUUUUGAGAUGUACGCGUACGACAUUCUUGCACUUCGACUGUUGUCUCAUCACUGCCGCACUUUAUAUUAAUGA